UAUAGUAGCAGGGAUAUUUAGUACCACAGGAUUAGUGAAAAGGGUUGAUGAUGUACAGUCAACUAAAGAUUACAUGUCUGAAUUAGAAGAACUGCAAGAACUCCAGGAGAUGCGUGAGGAAUUAAGCAGUCGAAUCCAAUCUUUAACCAGAGAAGCUGAAGAGGUGCUGCUCGAUCUGCAGCCUUAUUCUUAUUUGUGGAAAGAAGAGCCCGAUUCUGUCAUCAAAAGUUUGACAGCGAAUCCGGAAGACACUCUAGGAAAUGUGCCCCAGAUCAUUGAGCAGAUUCGUAACUGUGAAACUUUAAGAACUCAAAUAAUGGAGAUAGUUCAACCUUUCCGUUUGCUGAAAGAAUGGCUGCGGGUCGAUCAAGUGCACUUCAAGGAACAUCUUUUAUCAUGCGUGGACGAUUGGCAACAACGAUUCAAAGAUUUGGUGAUGGAAAGCGUCUGUCGUUGUCUUUACGAUUUGGAUGCUUUCUGUUCUGAUACUGAAAGUGAGCUGGGUGAAAUGGUCCCCAGCACAGAACAGAUGGAUUCUUCCAUUUUGCUGAAAGUCAUUACUCGCAUACAGGCUGUUCAAGACAGAAAGGCAUUGACGAACGAAAUGUUUAAACCUCUGGCAGCGGCGAUCAAAUUUCUCAAGAUAGAAUGUCAAGAAGAACUGGAUGCUCAAGUGCAAAUUUUACAACAGAGUCUUCCAGAUAGAUGGCAACAUACUAAGAAACUGGCCGAGCACUGGCGACAGCAGAUCUCUACUCCAAUGGCAAAGGAAGCUUCGUGCGUUCGCAUGCAAGUAACUGCCUUUAGUAGUAAGCAGAUCCAGUUUAGAGAGCAGUUCAGGAAGUCAGCUGCUUUCCAUCGAGAUUGUCCAAUGCCAGCAAAAGACAUGUUGGAGAAACUGCGCUUGGAUAUACAAAAACUACAAGAGGAAGUGCAAGAACUCACAAAAUCUGGGAAGCUUUUCGAGGUUCACGUACCGGAAUUCAGCCAAUUGAAGCAAUGCGAAAAUGAAUUGGUGCUGCUUGCAGAAUUGUGGGAAUAUAUUGAUAAAGUGAAAGUGCAGUUGAAGGUGUGGGAGGACACUCCUUGGACUCAAGUGGACCUUGAUGCGCUGGAGAUGCAGUGCAAAGUGUACAUGAGGGACAUCAAACUGAUGGACAAAGAGAUGAGGUCAUGGGACAAUUUUAUAUGGUUACAGGAGACUAUCAAAAACAUCUUAGUUGCGCUAAGAGCGAUUCAUCAACUGAGAAAUCCAGCUAUUAAAGAAAGGCACUGGACGAGACUGUCCAAUGCUACUCAGGUACCGCUAUCAGUGACCGAUGAGACACCUCUUGGGGAGUUGCUGUCCUUGGAGCUGCACAGGUUCGAGGAUGUUGUCGAAAGCAUCGUCGAAAGAGCAUCGAAGGAGCUAGUGACAGAAAGAAUCCUGGCAGAACUCGAAGCUACAUGGGCAGAAAUAAAGUUCGAGCAUUCUAUUCAUCAGAGGACGGGAUACAGGUUGCUGCAUAUUUCAGAACUUCUUAUCGCCACUCUGGAAGAUAAUCAGGUGCAGCUACAAAACCUGAUGUCAUCGAAGCACGUCGCCCACUUCCUGGACCGCAUCACGGAGUGGGUUCGGAAGAUGUCGCGGGUUGAGACAGUGAUCGGAGCCUGGGUAGACGUCCAGAGAGCCUGGUCGCAGAUGGAGAGCAUUUUUAUGGGAUCGGAGGACAUCAAGGAACAAUUGCCUGAGGAUUGUGAAAGAUUUAUGUCCAUUGAUGCUUCUUUCAAGAGUUUGGUUGAGGUUCUUAGCACCGAAUCCGAGACUGUCGUAUCUGUCUCAGACCGACCAGAUGUCCAUGAAGACUUAUCCCGCCUGCAGGCGGAAUUGGCUCUCUGCGAGAAGGCUCUAGCUUCGUACCUAGAAACCAAAAGAAGGGUUUUCCCUCGUUUCUAUUUCGUGUCUUCGGCAGAUCUUCUCGACAUCUUGUCCAACGGAACUCGACCACGAACGAUAAUUCGACAUUUACCAAAACUUUUCGACUCAGCAGCACAGCUUAUUUUUGAAAGUGAAGAGAGUGACGUCGCUGUGGCAGUGAUCAGCAGGGAUGGUGAGGUCCUAAAACUGAAAGAGAACUGUCCAUGCUCUGGAGCAGUUGAACUGUGGCUGGACAAUCUUUUGACAAUUGUUCGGCACACUUUGAAGGAAGACUUGUCCACAGCUCUGGGUUCUUAUGAGGAUGGGAAUCGAGAGGCCUGGAUUUUCGAGAACAUUGCGCAGGUGGCGCUGACGGGUACUCAGAUCUGGUGGACUGCAGAAGUGAGUGCUGCCCUUCAAAGAGUUCGUCAAGGGCAUGAGACAGCCUUGAAACAAUAUAAUAAGAAACAGAUGCAACAACUGCACCAUUUGAUUGGCCUAUUGCUGACUGACUUGAGCCGCGAAUCCCGCCAGAAAGUAAUGACCAUCUGCACGAUGGAUGUACACGCCAGAGACGUGGUCUCAAAACUGGUCUCUCUUCGUGUAGAGGCUGAGUCUGAUUUCGCCUGGCAAUCUCAAUUGCGGCACCGUUGGGAGGAGGACUGCAGAGUUUACAUUUGCGAUGCCCGAUUUGACUACUGCCACGAAUAUCUAGGCAACACACCACGUCUUGUCGUCACCCCUUUGACGGACAGAUGUUUCAUAACACUAACUCAAUCCCUUAAAUUGAUGAUGGGUGGAGCUCCGACGGGCCCAGCAGGAACGGGAAAGACGGAAACCGUCAAGGAUCUUGGUAGAGCUCUCGGAACGUUAGUGUAUGUCUUCAAUUGUUCCGAACAGAUGGAUUACAGAUCCUGUGCAAACAUUUACAAAGGACUGGCACAAACUGGAGCCUGGGGAUGCUUCGAUGAAUUCAAUCGAAUUUCGGUAGAAGUUCUGUCUGUUGUGGCCGUGCAGGUAAAAUGCAUUCAAGACGCUCUCAGAGGAAACAAAACGACUCUUUGUUUGUUGGGAGAUGAUAUUCCACUAAUAAAUACCCUGGGAAUUUUCAUAACUAUGAACCCUGGUUAUGCUGGAAGAACUGAGUUGCCAGAAAAUCUCAAAACACUUUUCAGACCCUGUGCCAUGGUGGCACCAGAUAUCCAACUCAUUUGUGAAAUCAUGUUGGUUGCGGAAGGUUUCGUGGAAGCCCGAAGUUUGGGACAAAAAUUCACCACUCUGUACUCUCUGUGCAAGCAGCUGCUCAGCAAACAAGAUCAUUAUGACUGGGGAUUAAGGGCCAUCAAAUCGGUCCUAGUCGUGGCCGGAUCACUAAAAAGAUCGUCUCCAGCUACUCCUGAAGAACAUAUUCUUAUGUUAGCUUUGAGAGAUUUCAAUCUCCCUAAAAUAGUGAGUGAAGAUGUCGGAGUAUUCAUGGGUCUCAUUGGAGACCUGUUUCCUGCACUGGAUGUACCUCGAAAGAAAAACUUGGUGUUGGAGAAAUCAGUGCGCGAUGCCAUUGUAGAGCUGAAGCUGCAGCCAGAAGACAGUUUCGUCCUAAAGGUUCUUCAAUUCUCUGAUCUCCUUGAUGUCAGGCACUCAGUUUUUGUGAUUGGUGCCGCUGGCUCGGGUAAGAGCAGCGUCUGUAAAACUCUUCUUACUGUACACCAGCAGAGGGGUGAGAAACCACUAGCCCUUGAUUUGAACCCUAAAGCAGUCACCAACGACGAACUCUUCGGCACUAUCAAUCCAGCCACCAGAGAAUGGAAAGAUGGUCUGCUGUCUUCUCUUAUAAGAGAUUUGGUGAAUGCUAACACCGAUGGUCCAAGAUGGUUGAUACUUGACGGUGACAUUGAUCCAAUGUGGAUAGAGUCCCUAAACAGCGUUAUGGAUGACAAUAGGGUCUUGACUUUGGCUAGUCGAGAACGCAUUUCCCUGACCCCCACGAUGCGACUGAUAUUUGAAGUGUCUACUUUGGAGCGUGCUACUCCAGCAACAGUGUCUCGAGGGGGUGUACUGUACCUGGAUUCUGGUGAUGUAGGGUGGAAUCCUUAUGUGGUAAGCUGGAUAGAACGCAGAUCUGUUCAGUCAGAGAAAGCCAACCUCAUCAUUUUCUUUGACAAAUAUGUUCCACCCUGUUUGGAGGCCAUGAGCAAACGAUUUAAAACGGUUCUUCCCAUUCCAGACAUUUGUUAUGUUCAGACUCUUUGCUGCCUGUUGGAGUGCUUAUUAACUCCAGAAAACACACCACCCGAUUCUCCGAACGAGUUAUACGAACUUUACUUCGUCUUCUGCUGCAUUUGGGCCUUCGGUUCUGGCCUGGAUCUCAACAACGGAGCAGACGGACGUCUCGAAUUCUCAAACUGGUUUCUCAGUGAAUUCAAGUCCGUCAAGUUCCCGAUAUCUGGAAAUCAGACUUCUGGUCAAAAUGGAUCAGACUCCCCAACGGUUUUUGAUUAUUACAUUGACAACAAGAGGUUUUAUCCGUGGUCUAGAAAGUUACAGAAGUUUCAACCGUCUCCUGAUGUCUCAUUACAGAACUACUUGGUUCCGACGAAAGAAACACAUCGUAUUCAAUACAUGAUGGAUCUACUGAUUUCCAAAGGGCACCCCAUCAUGCUGGUAGGUCCGAGCGGUUGUGGGAAGACUUCAGUCAUCCGCUCCACUCUUGAUGCUCUGGACCAAGAGUCUACCUAUCUUGUUGUGAAUGUUCCAUUCAAUUUCUACACAUCUUCAGCAACAGUGCAACGAGCUAUGGAGCUACACCUGGAAAAGAAAGUUGGCAAAAACUUUGGCCCACCAGGGCAGAAGAAAAUAGUUUAUUUUAUUGAUGAUUUCAAUAUACCAGAGGUUGAUAUGUAUGGAACAUGCCAACCGCAUACCAUCAUUCGACAGCACUUGGACUAUGGUCACUGGUACGACCGAAACAAACUCACCCUGAAAGAAGUCACCAAUUGUCAAUAUUUAGUAUCAAUGUGUCCUACAGCUGGAAGCUGCACCAUCAAUUCCAGAUUACAAAGACAUUUUUGCGUUCUCUCCGUGCCACCAACAACAAUAGAUUCCAUGCAGACGAUCUUUGGAUUACAACUGAGAGAACACCUCAGGCGAAUACACCCUCCCAGCGAAUCCCAAGAGGAAGUGGAGGAGUUCAGGAUUACCGUACAGCAACAGAUUGUUCGACUUGCCAUCUCUUUGCAAAGUCGUAUGAGUGGCGCUUUUCAUCCAACGGCCCUGAAGUUUCAUUACGUCUUCAAUUUGAGAGAUAUUUCGAAUGUCUUCAGAGGCUUAAUGCUAAGCAGUAGUGAGAGUCUAGUCAAAAGCGAAGACUUACUGCAAUUAUGGCUACACGAGUCUCAAAGAGUGUAUAGAGACAAACUUCUCGACCAAGACGACCUUGAAAAGUUCGACAAGAUUCUGGCCGAUACUCUAAAACGCAACACGGAAAUGGACGACCAGACAUGUUCUGCAAUGGUGUCCAACAUUCCGGUUCAUUGUCAUUUUGCGCAAGGGAUAGGAACUUCAUGCUACCAACCAGUCAGCGAUAAGAGCCAACUGGUGAGAUUAUUACAAGAUGCUUUGGAUGCCUACAACGAUAUCUGUGCACCCAUGGAUCUCGUUUUAUUUGAAGAUGCUGUUCGCCAUAUAUGUCGCAUCACCCGCAUUCUAGAAUCAGGAGGGAACGCACUCCUCGUUGGAGUGGGCGGUAGUGGCAGGCAAUCAUCUGCUUCGUUGGCUGCUUACAUCUGCAAUUUGCAUCUUCACCAGCCUACUCUGCAUUCCGAAUAUGAUAUACAAGAUUUCAAAGCUGAUAUCGGCAGUUUAUACUUGAGAGCAGGCGUCAAGAACAUUGGGAGCCUAUUCAUGAUGAGUGACGCUCAGGUGGCUGACGAGAGAUUUCUGGUCCUUAUCAAUGACCUGCUCUCUUCUGGAGACAUCCCAGAUCUCUUCCCUGAGGCUGAAGUCGAAAACAUCAUUUCAGCUUUGCGAUCCGAAGUCAAAUCGGCCGGGAUAUAUGAUUCUAGGGAGAAUUGCUGGAACUACUUCAUCAAUAAAGUGAAGCGGAGACUGAAGGUUGUUUUAUGCUUUUCACCCGUCGGAUCAACUCUCAGAUCUCGCAGUCGAAAAUUCCCGACACUCAUCAGCUGCACUUGCAUCGACUGGUUUCAUCCAUGGCCGAAAGACGCGCUUGUCACAGUCUGCAAUAAAUUCUUGGAGGGUCUACCGGUUUUGGAACCCGAGCUUCGUGGAUCAGUGGCUGAUUUCGUUGCCUUUGUGUAUCGCUCCGUGAACGAAAUCAGCAAGUCAUACUUACGAAAAGAGCGACGUUGCGUCGAAACCACGCCGAAAAGCUUUCUGCAGCACAUCAAGACAUAUAAAAUGCUGAUGCAGAAAAGACAUACUUUCCUCAGAGAUAAUAUUGGAAGGCUGGAAGCAGGACUGCAGCGAUUAGUCGAUACUAGUCAACAGGUGGAUGUGUUGAAAGAGCAAUUAGCCGAGCAAGAAGUGGAGUUGCAGCAAAGAAGCAGCGAUAUCGACGCUCUUCUGGAGACAGUUGUCAAGGAAACAGAAGUGGUCAGUCGUGAAAAGACGGUGGCAGCAGCCGAGGAAGCCAAGGUGUCCCGUAUACAUGCUGACGUCUCUCAGAGACAACGGGACUGCGAAGAAGAUCUGGCCAGAGCAGAGCCAGCACUAGAGGCUGCCCAAGAAGCUCUCAACACAUUAAAUAAGAGCAAUUUAACGGAGCUUAGAAGUUUCGGUUCACCACCCGUAGCUGUUCGAAAUGUAACGUCUGCUGUUAUGGUACUUCUUGCGACAGAUGGAAAAAUUCCUAAGGAUCUAUCUUGGAGAGCAGCCAAGCUCACAAUGAGCAAGGUGGAUAACUUUUUAGAUUCUUUAAUCAAUUUUGACAAAGACAAUAUUCAUGAAAACAGCUUAAGAGCAGUGCAGACUUACAUCAAGAGCCCGGAAUUCAAGCCCGAGGUGGUGGUUGGAAAAUCUCAAGCAGCAGCGGGUCUUUGUUCGUGGGUUAUCAAUGUACUCAAGUAUUAUGAGGUAUAUUGCGAUGUCGAACCGAAACGCAAGGCUUUAGCUGAAGCUAAUGCCGAAUAUAAUGUAGCGAAAGAAAAGUUAGCCAGAAUUCAAGAAAAAGUGACGGAAGUAGAGUCCCGACUAAGCGACCUGAAGGCCCGUUGCGAGGCCGCUACCGAGGCCAAAGCUCGUUGUGAGUCAGAGGCACAGAAGACAGCAUUCAGCAUCCAUCUCGCCAAUCGUUUACUAGGUGGAUUGGCUUCGGAGCGUCAACGCUGGUCUGAACUGGCCGCUGACUUCAGAAUCCUGAUGCAAACCUUGCCAGGCGACGUCCUGUUAUCAUCAGCUUUCGUUGCUUACCUGGGUCCUUUUACCAAAACCUAUCGCCUGCAAUUACUGAACGAUUAUUGGAGACCCUUCCUGGAGAAAAAAAGUAAUUUACCGAUAGGUGCCAAUUCCCCUUCCUCUGUGCUAUCUCUUUUGCUGGAGGACGAAACACUUGUGGGACGAUGGAGAAAUGCAGGGCUGCCUGGAGACAGGGCGUCCAUAGAGAAUGCUGCCCUUUUUACGUCGUGCUUUCUUCUCUGGAGAUGGCCCAUGAUAGUAGACCCACAGAUCAGGGCGGUGCCCUGGAUCAGAAACACUUACGGCGAGAAACUUCUGGUCGUCAGUACGGAUCAGAAAGGCUACUUAGAUCUUAUUGAAGAGGCUGUGAUAGCAGGACAACCAGUUUUAGUAGAAAAUCUGUCAGAAAAUAUAGACCCACUCCUGUGUCCCUUGAUUUUCUGCACCUUUGUCAAGAAAGGAAAAGCAAUCAAGUUAGGAACAAAGGAAGUUGCUUUCCAUCCUGAAUUUCAGCUUAUUCUGCAUACUAAACUCAGCAAUCCUCGCUUUGGACCUGAAAUUCAAGCUCAGACCACCAUUAUCAACUUCAGCGUCACGACUGAAGGACUUGCUGACCAACUGCUUGCAGAAGUCGUUUCCAAAGAAAGACCUGAUCUUGAAGAAUCGAAAGAUAGACUCACUAAAGAACAGAAUGAAUUUGCAAUCACCUUAAAGGGACUGGAAGAAAGCCUGCUUUCUCGGCUGUCCGAAGCUGAAGGAAAUCUGGUGGGCGACGUCACCUUAGUCGAAAGCUUAGAGUCGACGAAAGCCAUGGCCGCGGAAGUUCAGAAGAAAUCCGUGGAGAGCCACAAAACCGAAGCGGAAAUCAAUGUUGCUCGAGAGAUUUACAGGGACGUUGCUGACAGGGCUGCGUUGGUCUAUUUUGUGGUGCAGGACCUAUCCACUCUGAGCCCUAUGUACCUGUUUUCAUUGAAGGCAGUGAAAGAAGUCUUCCACAAGGCAAUUGACCGUUGUGCACCCACGGACAAUGUUGGAGAAAGAGUGAAGCUUCUAGUGGAAAACAUCACGUUGGCUGUCUUCAGAUACGUUAGUCGUGGCCUAUUCGAGAGUCACAAAACGGUGCUAGCUGCCCAUCUCACAUUUCAGAUUCUUCGCCUGAAGAAUAUGAUACCAGGAGAUGCAUCAGAAUUUCUUUUACAUCAAACACUUGAAGAUUCUACACUUGAAAGUCCCGUAGAAUUUAUGAGCGCAAAUGCAUGGGCUGCAAUUAGAGCACUUUCCUCUCUGGACGAGUUCCAAGGCUUGGAUAGGGAUUUGGAGGCUACUCCGAAACGCUGGAGAAAGUUUCUGGAUUCUGAAUUCCCAGAAAAAGAAGCUCUGCCUCAAGAAUGGAAGAACAGAGCGACGGCAUUCCACAAAUUGUGCAUCAUCCGAUGCCUUCGACCGGAUAGAAUUGUCUACGCUAUCAGAGAUUAUGUUGCUGAAAUUUUGGGCCCAGCUUUCGUUAACAGCAGAAGCAAUGAUCUGGAUGAUAUCCUUGGCGAAUGCGGCUCCAAAACGCCCAUCUUAUUCAUUCUGAGCCCUGGAGUCGAUCCACUGCAUGACCUGGAAGCCUGUGGAGAGAAGCGGAGAUUCACCACAGCGCUAGGAAAUUUUCAAAAUGUAUCCUUGGGUCAGGGGCAAGAGAGUAUAGCUGAGCAAACUAUGGACAACGGGGCCGCUCAAGGCCACUGGGUAGUACUUCAGAAUAUUCAUUUAGCCAAGGGUUGGCUUCAUCGUCUGGAGAAGAAAUUGGAGGAAAUGAACAACAUGGAGGUUCACCAAGAAUUCCGUCUUUUCCUGAGCGCCAACCCGCCAGAGGAGGCUAUUGGUGAAGAAAGUAGACUCAUACCGCCCGGGCUGCUAGAGUCUUGUCUCAAAGUGACGAACGAGCCACCCAAAGGCAUGCAAGCCAACCUCCACAAAGCAUUGGAUAAUUUCUCCCAGGAAACUUUCGAUUCGAGUGCUCGCGAGGGAGAAUUCAAGAGCCUUUUGUUCACUCUCUGCUACUUCCAUGCGGUGCUCACAGAGAGAAAGAAGUUUGGAUCACAAGGAUGGAAUUUCCCUUACCCUUUUAACGACAGCGACUUGCUCAUCAGUGCUAAUGUCCUUCAUAACCAUUUGGACAGUGAAGGGGGACGAAGUGCAGUUAUUCCAUGGGAUGAUCUACGAUUUCUUUUCGGUGAAAUUAUGUACGGGGGUCACAUCACUGAUGACAAGGACCGGAAGGUCUGCACUGCUUACCUCCAUAGAUUUUUCAACAGUGAGCAGCUGGAAGCCGAUUAUCCUCUGUGUCCCGGUUUCGGCAUGCCCCCUGUUCUGGACUACGAAGGCUACCAUCGAUACGUGGAUGAGAACCUACCGAGUGAGAGUCCCUCCAUGUAUGGCUUACACUCCAACGCGGAGAUCGGCUGCCUAACGGAUGCCUCUAACGCUCUGUUGAGGGCGCUGCACUUGCUGGAACCAUCUGUCGUCGAUUCGAGUGAAUCACCCCUAUUCAAUCCGGUUGAUGUUUCUGUGGCUGCAGCCCCCAAUGAAGAAAAGAUCCGCCAGAUAUCCGAAGACAUCCUGGAGAAGAUUCCAGGGGAGUUUCCGAUGGUCGACUUGUACGGAAAAGUGUCCGAGGAAUCCAGUGUCCAGCCAUUUACCGCUGUUGCGCUCCAGGAAUGCGAAAGGAUGAAUAAUCUUAUUCAGGAAGUCAGGACAUCUCUCAUGGACAUAGAAAGAGGAUUGAAGGGGGAGCUCCCGUGGAAUGAAGAGAUGGAUGAGCUCGGUGAGGCGCUGGCAUCGGAUGCUGUUCCGCAGUUGUGGUCCUCGAAAGCCUAUCCGUCCCUUUUACCUCUGGGAUCUUGGUUCUCAGACCUGUUACAUAGGCACAGAGCCCUGCACCAAUGGGUGUCUGCUGACUUCGCCCUACCUGCUGCAGUGUGGUUGGGUGGUCUGUUCAGCCCGCAGUCCUUCUUGACUGCCGUCAUCCAAACAUCCGGCAGGAAACAUGACCUGCCCCUUGACAAACUGUCCAUCCACUGCGAGGUCACCAAAAAGAUGCCAGAUGAGUUCAUUCUCACUCCCAGGGAAGGAGCCAACAUAUGCGGUCUCUACAUGGAGGGUGGACGAUGGGAUUUCGCUGCAGGUUGCAUCAUGGACCCUCUUUUGAAAGAUCUGCACCCUCCCAUGCCAGUAAUCUGUCUGAAGUCGGUGCUGUCGGACAAAGUGGAUGUCCGUAAUUCAUACAGCUGUCCCGUAUAUCGAACUCGACAGAGGGGUUCCACAUUUGUCUGGGAAUUCCCUCUCAAGACGAACGAACCUCCUGAAAAGUGGGUUAUUGCAGGAACCGCCUUGCUUCUGCAAGUCUAGAGCUCAUGAUCGCGAUUGGCUAAUUAAGUGGUUGGUAGCCAACCUUAGGGUCUCCUAGAGUCAGUGUAUAGGGUAUAGGCCCUGUAAUUCGAUAAGAGGGCUGCUAUAGAUAACUUGAGAAACAAGCUAAAUUUUGCUGUUAAUGAAGUCUUAACCACUUCAAAAGAUUUUCUUCUUCUGGUAAGAGAGCAAUUUACUAGCAGCAAUUUAGCAAAAACAGGAGCUUGAGAUAGAUCAGAAUAGGGUCUCCUAGAGUCAGUAUAUAGGACUUAGGCCCAGCAAUUCUAAAAGGGGCUGGGACAGUUAACUUGAGAAAAGAGCAAACAGGAACUAAGUUAAAUCGGUUUAGGGUCUCCUAGAGACAGUAUAUAGGACUUAGGCCCAGCAAUUCAAAAAGGGGCUGUGAUAGUUAACUUGAGAAAAAAAGCUAAAUAGUAACGUUAAUGAAACAUCAAAAGAGUCCUUUCUUCUGAAAAAAGAGCAAUUUACCAACAGCUGAUUCGCAGAAAAAGGAGCUUAAGAUAGUACAUCUUUUCUGAUACUAAUCUCUCUAGAACUUUGAAUAUGACGCAGUCAAAGUAUAAAUUAGACUCGCGUUUUCGCGAAAGAGCUUCCAAAUUUAUAUUAGUUUUCAUGACGAAUAACAAUUUUUUUGACGAGCAUAAUAGAAAGAGGCUGUUCGCACAUUUUGUGAACGGUUUUCAAUAGAAUGUAUGGAACGUUUGGAUUAGAACCGAUUUAUUUUUAUGGUAAUUAUCUGUUCAGACUUUAAUUUAUUGCUUCAUAUUUUAAAAUUUAUCUUUAAUUACAAAAUUGCGUUUGUCCGAAAUAAUGGAUAUAAGGCUAUGUUUUCGUUGGUUCCAAGAAGAAAUUUUCCUAUUUAGUUAUUCAAGAACGUUCUAUUGUAAAAACUAUGGGAUUGUCAUAUCUAAAGGCAGAAUGAGUGUGGUUAUUAAUAGUAAAGAGAAAAAAUUGCAUAUUAGAAAAAAAUACCGAAAAAAAGCAUCAAAAAUGAAGCGUAUGCCCUCAUUUUACUCACAUUCUUGCAAAAAACAUAAGAAGUUUUAUCCAUAGAAUCUUAUGUUUAUGUAAAGGAAAAGAGAUGAACAUUUUAUCCAAUCAAAAACCUAUAACUAUAGAAAGGACUAUAGAAAGCUUGGAUUAAUUUUAUAAAAAUCAACAUUUUUAGAGAAAUUAAGGAGCAGGACAAUUUAUUAAAAGCAAGAGUAGCAUUCAAAUUACAAGAAAUUUAUAUUACAUUCUGAUUUGUGUAACAUCAAAAUCGUUCAAAAAAUGUACGAAAAGCCUCUGAAAUCUAUUUAUAAAAGUGACUAUAUUAAUUUCAUUAUUUUCUGCGAUCACUGUUUAAAAUCAUUCUAUGAUUCCAGCUCUUAAAUAAAUUCCAAAACUCUUCCAAAGUUUAAAAAAAUGGAAGUAAAUAAUUAAAUAAAGCAAGGUAAAUUUUUAAAAAAUUGGGAACAAAGAGAACAAAAAGAUUUUUAAACGCGAUACAUUGAUUAAACCUCGAAAGCAACACGAGCUUAUUUUCUAAAUCCUUUUGACAUCCUCCUUCUGAUAAUUACGGUUUGGGCAUUGUCCAAGACAAGUUCGUCGAACAUCAACAUUUUCUUAACUUCCACGUCAGAAUUUUUAUUUAAUAAUGUAAUGGACAUCUACCGCCAAUCAGUUCUUCGGCGUAUGUGUUAACCUGCCAAGAAGUUCUCUGAGACUGAAGUGAAUACAAAUGGCGCGAUUUGAUUGCAUUUUUGUAGUAUUUUUAUGUAUGUGAAAUAUUUUAUA